AUGGUCUCCACACCUUCACGCAUCCGCGGCUCUCUCUACGGUACCGCCGUCGUCGAUGCCCUUGGCGGUCCCGUCGAAUUUCGCCGCCGAGGCACCUUCGCUCCCGUAACGUCGUAUCGCUUCAAUGCGACCUUUGGUCUGAAACCUGGGACAUGGACUGAUGACACUUCAACAAUGUUGUGCCUCGCACAAUCUCUAGUGGACACAGAUGGGAAGUUUGUAAUCCAUGAUCAGAUCAGAAAGUACGUGAGGUGGUACCAGGAUGGCUAUAUGAGUGCUACGGGGAAGUGUUUUGAUAUUGGGAAUGCUACUAGGCAGUCGCUGGACAUAUGGAGGGAAGCUGGGAACAUCAGUGCAUUGGAGCUCCGACACUACCAGAACAUGGUCGAUAGAGCAUUGACCCAUGAGAGAGCAUGCGGCAACGGCUCCCUCAUGCGCUGCGCUCCCAUACCACUCAUCUACCACCACUUUCCAGUACUCGCUCAAAAGUCCGCCGCACUGGCCUCUACACCCACGCACCCUCAUCCUACCUGUCAAGAAGCGUGCCAAGUCUAUACCCACCUAAUCACUCUUAUUAUGACUAAACCUGGUAUCACUAAGGCUGAACUUUUCACUGCUCUCCAGGAGUUUCCGUUCACCUCUACGGUCCUUCGUACAACAUUCGACAGGUACAAGGACAAAAGGGAAGAGCAGUCUGCAACCGAUUUUGAACACUUCGUCCAGACGCCUGACUUUCAGAUCAAAAGCUCCGGAUACGUGGUGCACACGCUUGAGGCGGCGCUCUGGGCCUUCUUUUCGACAUUGACUUUUCAAGAAGGAGCUCUGAAGGUCGUCAAUUUAGGUGACGACGCUGAUACCGUUGGUGCUGUCUACGGUGGGCUAUCUGGAGCGUGGUAUGGCAUUGAAGCGAUCCCCAAUGAAUGGAUUGAUGGUCUACAGGCCAAGAGUAUACUCGACGAAGUGGCAGGAGGAGUGGUGAAGCUAGUCGAGAAGGGCGGGUAUGGUGAACAGUGA